AUGGGUCUCGCCAACGACAAGUUCCCUUCCUCGGCCGCCUUCGACGCCAUCAACGAUGCGCUCGGCUCCAGCGAGCCCGACCGCAAGGACGCCAUCAAGCAGGGCAACGCCAUCUUCGCCUUCACCCUGAAGAACUCUGCCGGCGAGACCGACAGCUGGCACAUUGACCUCAAGGAGAAGGGCGCGGUCGCCAAGGGCACCGGCGAGAAGCCCACCGGUAUGUCACCCGCGCGUGGAGUGCUUCCCUCUCGAAUACAGCCAGUUAAUACUAGCCUCGACUCAGUCACCCUGUCUCUGUCCGACGCCGACUUUGGCAACCUCGUUCAGGGCAAGGCUAACGCCCAGAAGCUCUUCAUGUCCGGCAAGCUCAAGAUCAAGGGCGACGUCAUGAAGGCCACCAGGAUGGAGCCCAUCCUGAAGAAGGCCCAGUCCAAGGCCAAGUUGUAA